CAAUCCCUGACACACACGUAUACUCUCCUGGCUGACUUUUGCAACACACACCCAUCACAGCUACACACACAUUGAUACAAACCCUCUUGUGACACACACACACAUCGUGUUCAGCGAGGACUCAGAUCUUUGGGUGUGACUCUGUGUUACCGUGGCAAGGAGCGAGUGCCAUGGAGACCAACGCACGGAUUCAGAGGCCCGCAAUGGGCUCAGCAGACUCCUACACCAGUCGUCCUUCAGACUCUGACGUGUCUCUGGAGGAGGACCCUGAGGCUCUCAGGAAAGAAGCCGAUAGACAAGCUCUUGCCACUCUAGAGAAGGCUAAGACCAAGCCUGUAGCGUUUGCGGUGAGGACUAAUGUUGGCUAUAACCCAGGCCCUAAUGAUGAUGUGCCGGUUCAGGGCAUGGCUAUCUCUUUCGAAUCCAAAGACUUCCUGCACAUCAAAGAGAAGUAUAAUAAUGACUGGUGGAUUGGGCGUUUGGUGAAGGAAGGAUGUGAGGUGGGGUUUAUCCCCAGUCCAGUGAAGCUUGAGAGCACCCGUCAAUUACAAGAACAGAGAUUGAGACAGAACCGCCUUAGCUCCAGUAAGUCUGGUGGAAGCUCUAGUCUGGAUGUUGCCACAGGUGCCCGGAGGCCCACUCCACCUGGAACAGCUGACUUGUCCUCUGGACUUUAUGACGAUUCGGAUUCGGAUGUUGAGGAGGUGGAGCCUGCCAACACCCGUGACCAAAAGGGUGUGGGCGGAAGUGUCACCUCCCCUCAAGGCAACCUGUCCCGCCUCCCUUUCUUUAAGAAGAUGGAACAUGUUCCUCCUUACGAUGUGGUGCCUUCCAUGAGACCCAUUAUUUUGGUGGGACCAUCUCUUAAAGGCUAUGAGGUGACAGAUAUGAUGCAGAAAGCUCUCUUUGAUUUUCUAAAACACAAAUUUGAAGGCAGAAUAUCCAUCACCAGGGUGACAGCAGACAUCUCACUUGCCAAACGUUCUGUCCUAAACAACCCCAGCAAACACACGAUCAUCGAGCGCUCCAGCACCAGAUCCAGUCUGGCUGAGGUACAGAGUGAAAUCGAGAGAAUCUUUGAGCUGGCCCGGACACUCCAAUUAGUGGCUCUGGAUGCCGACACAAUCAACCAUCCAUCUCAAUUGGCCAAGACGUCACUGGCACCUAUCAUAGUCUACAUCAAGAUUGCCUCUCCAAAGGUGUUGCAGAGGCUGAUAAAGUCCAGGGGUAAAUCUCAGGCCAAACAUCUCAAUGUCCAAAUGGUGGCAGCUGAUAAACUUGCACAGUGUCCUCCAGAGCUUUUUGACAUAAUAUUAGAUGAGAAUCAGCUGGAGGAUGCAUGUGAACACCUGGCUGAAUACCUGGAGGCCUACUGGAAGGCUACACACCCUCCGAGCAGCAACCCACCCAACCCUCUGCUCAAUCGCACCAUGGCCACAGCCGCCCUGGCAGCUUCACCCGAACCCGUCUCCAACCUGCAGGGGCCAUUCCUGGUGCAUGGAGAACAGAAGAGGGAAGGGCCUGAACGUGGCAGUCUCCAAGACUACCAGAGCGACCUGGGUGGCAAGCAGCCGCUGCGCUCUUCACGCAGCCAGUUGCAAACAGGUGGACGAGGUCUGUCGCGGCAGGACACUUUCGAUUCCGAGACCCAGGGCAGCAGGGAUUCCGCCUACACUGACGACAUGGAGACGGACCCAUACGAGGAGCCGGACCCGUGUCGCUCGUACCGUCUAAACCCUGCCCACCACGCUCCUCGCCAGGCCUCCUGGGAGGAUGAAGGGGCGGAGCCUGACCAGGAGAACCUCAACAUGGCCCCACCACCAGCCAAUCAGCACCAGCGUGGACGAGGCAAGCUGAGGGAGCGCUACUCUCAAGAUGCAGAAGGUGGUGGGGUGACGACGGGCCGUAACCAUAACCAGGAGGAGUGGAGCAGAGAUGUGUAUAUUCGCUAGAGCAGGUUUACCUGAGAUGAGGGUGAGGUGUUGUUUAGAAUGACACUAAAUAGAAUCUCUAUAGUUGGAUCUGUUUACAACCCAGAGAAACACACAAUCAUUGACAAACGCUGUACAGCUAACACUCACAACAUUCGCAUAAGGCAAACAAAUCAUUACAUAAGUCCUCUUUUUCUCGGACAGGCUUUCUUCUUGGCCAGGAUUUCUAAAGGCUUGAAUACACUACAUAACUUUUCAAAUCUGAUCAGAUUUGAAAACACUAAGCAUCAUACAUUUGCCGACUUUGUAAAUAGUUACAGAAGAAAAACUGACAAAUGCAGAUGACAAAUGAAAAAAAUAUGCUUUUUAAAAUUGGCUCAAACUAUCAAACAUGUUUGAUAUCCUCUGACUGGAUGGAAUGAUAGUCUGAAGCCAAAAAAAGUCUGUGUCCAUAAUGCACUACGCGAUUUAUUAAGAAAUCUGUCAACUCAAAUCUGCAGGCUGGCUCUGACUUUAGAAAUCCUGGCCAGGACAUGUCUGGGAAAAUAAAGACAUAUGUUCACAC